AUGGAAAAUGAAGUUUCUGAAGCCUUCUUACAAGUUUCCUCUCUCUUCCUGGGCCAGGCCACUGGGCACCCAGUGGUCCGCCGCCACGAGCUCAACAACCGCAGACACCGGUCUCAAAAGCGCGCGCAGCUUGCCUCACUGGCUGCCACCUUUUCGAUCCUCGCACUUUUUUUCAUGUGGUCAGUAUGCACAGCAAGCCGCAGCAGAGAACAGGCGGUGGGGAUGACUCGCCGCAGGCUGGCUGGUGGGGAUGGGGGUAUCGACGAAGAGGAGGAGUCUGUCUUGGAGGGCUGCUUGGCGCUCGAGGCAGAGUUGGGGAUUUGGCGUCCAGAACCUCCUUCUACCUCCCACGGCGACCGGUCAAGGAGGAUCGCUGAGCUCGUGUCCUUUUUUUCCGCUGCUGCUUCAGAGUAUGAGGCAAACCAAGAAGUGCAGUCGACACAAGGCGAAGGCCCUAAUAUUGGAGGAGUCUCUGAUGUACGACAGACAGACACAGGUAUUGCAGCAGUAGGGUGGCUGAGGACUCUUGAAUCUGGGAGUGGCGAGCCGGUGCUUGUACGCCAUGCUCUGGACCUGGAAUCUAGUGGAGACUCCGCUUCCGGCACUGCUCUCCAAGUGAAGCCCAGAGACUGGAUAGAAGAGAAAGAAGACACUGAAUAUGCUCAGAGAGAUCUGGAAGAAUGUCAGUGGUCCCUGGCAGCAGGUUGCUCGUCACGAAUUGCGGAGCCGUCCACUGCUCCCAGCUCAGCUUCGGUGCACCAACCGCUUCGCGCCAUUGAAAAAACACCCCUUAGCGCGAAGGACCGUCGGUAUCAUCCCUAUGUGCGCCUGCCAGUGGUGGAAGCAGGCGUCGUCCCUCACGACUUCGACCCAUCAGGAGUAUUCGCUCCAUCUUCGAAGAGCUUUCCGUUUACCAAGAGUUUACAUGAGAUGCGGCAGCUGUUUGCAAAGCCAACGCUUAAUCAGCAAGACGUAGAUAUCCUGAUGGACAUGGCAAGGGGGCUGGCGAACAACUUAUGGUUGAAGGCGGCGUCAACCCUUAGACAG